GUAAUUAUAAAUAUAACAUUCCAUUUAUAUUUGAAAUAAAUAUUUCACGCUACGCCUUUAUAACACAUAAUACUAAAAUGUCACAUAAUAUUAAAAUUUUGCCUGGUGCUACUGUUUGCGAGGACUGUACAUUAGAAGGAGACAUAACCAUUGGCGGAGGAACUGUAAUUCACCCCAGAGUGACUAUUAUUGCUGAAGGUGGACCUAUUAUAAUAGCAGAGUAUUGUAUCAUUGAAGAGUAUUCUACAAUUAUUCACAAGAAAAAUGAGCAACCAGAAAAUCCACCGAAGCCUCUUUUCAUAGGUGCACACAAUGUAUUUGAAGUGGGAUGCAGACUUGAAUCCUUAUGUGGUCACAUUGGAGAGAGUAAUGUUUUUGAAUGCAAGUCUUUCGUUGGUACUGAUGUCAAAAUUGGUAGUGGAUGUGUGAUAGGUGCAGCUUGUAGCUUAAAUGCACCACAAACUUUACCAGAUAAUACAGUUAUCUGGGGUUCGGAGCAUAAUAACAGGGAAGCAUUAGAGAAACAACCAUCUCAACUACUCCAACUUGACUUUCUAGGCAAAGUGAUGCCAAACUAUCAUAGACUCCGGAAAUCUAAUGUGCAUAAGAGGCAGAUGUCAAGGCAGUCCCAAGAACCAGCUAAAUCAUAAUUUGAUGUAUUUUCGAAAAUGUAAUUUUUUUUA